AUGUCUCAGGAACUGCUUCCCGUGGAUGUGCCUGAAUCGUUCUAUUAUAUGUAUCCAGGGAAGACCACGAUACCAUCAGAUACCAAAGCACUGGAGGAUGAAGACGACUCAGACUUGGACUCGGACUCUUUGGAUUCUUUUGAUUCUUUUGAUCCUUUUGGAGGUACUAGACCUCAAGAAGAAAAUGAACGAAGUACUGAACCAGGCAAAGGUGAUUUCAAGAUAGAAUCAUCUCCCUGCUACCUGCUGACCGUGAGGAUCAUCCGAAUGAGAAAUCUCCAGCGAGCAGAUGCUUUAAGCCAGGCUGAUUGUUACGUGUCGUUGUGGUUGCCUACUGCAACAAUUGAAAAGUCCCGCACCAAAACCAUAAGAAACUCCAACGACCCAGUGUGGAAUGAAACCUUCUACUUCAGGAUUCAGAGCCAGGUCAAGAAUGUGCUGGAGCUGACAGUGUAUGAUGAGGAUUUUGCUACUCCAGAUGACCAUCUCCUCUGUGCACUCUUUGAUACUGCUAAACUUCCAAUUGAUAGAACAGUGCUCCUGUAUUUUAAGCCCAGCUCAACGGCCAAGGAGGAGCUAGAGGUUGAAUUCAAACUGGAAGCCAUGUCUAGUCCUCAUGAAAUCAUUGCUACCAAUGGAGUCCUAGUGUGUCGUGAACUUUGUUGCUUGGAAGUUGAAGUGAAUGAGAAGGAGCAGAAAAAAUCAAAGAAAGAGCUUUCCCUUACUGUGAAAGGUUCCUUUGAAGGGACACAGGAUAUCAUACUGGGCCCCGACGGAGUGGUCAGCCCAUCAGGUCCCACCAAGUUCCACUACAUCAAGUAUGCAGAGCCAACGCUGGAUGUCAUGUUGCCAAAGAAGAGGCGCUACCACCCUUGGACCUGUAGGUUCAGUACAGAAACAGGCUCCCCAGUGCUGAUGCUCAAUUCGCUGCCUAUGGGAAGGAAAACGACAAUUGCAGAGGAGAAAAGAUUUGAUUUGAAUGUGAAAGCAGAAAGAUGUAAUUGCUCAUGCCGCCAAGACCUGGACAUGCGUUUUGGGUUUGACUUAUGUUCAGACGAGAUGGCUUUUCUGUGCAAAAGGAAGAAAUAUGUAGCAAGUGCCAUGAAAAAUGUUUUUCACCUACAACAGGAUCUGCAGGAUCAUGAAGUCCCUGUUGUAGCUAUCAUCACGACAGGUGGUGGGCUGAAGUCAAUGACAGGACUAUACGGCAGUCUCAUGGGACUCAAGAAAUUAAAUCUCCUGGACUGUGUAACAUACAUCAGUGGGCUGUCUGGCACCACGUGGACUAUGGCCAAUUUAUACAGAGAUGCCUACUGGUCACAGAAGGACCUUGACUCGCAUAUUGUUGAAGCACAGAAACAAGCAACCAAAUGCAAGAUGGGCUGCUUUUCUAUGGAUCGCAUGAAGUAUUACAAUAAGCAGCUAUGUCAGCGGAAAGAAGAAGGAUACAGGACAUCAUUUAUAGAUCUUUGGGGACUCAUGAUUGAAUACUUACUAAAUGAUGGGAAAGACCCCCACAAACUUUCAGAGCAGAGAGAAGCACUGUGUGAUGGCCAGAACCCACUGCCCAUCUAUGUGUCAGUCUGCGUCCGGGACAACUACAGCACUCAGGAUUUCAAAGAGUGGGUAGAGUUCACCCCCUACGAGGUGGGGUUGCUGAAGUACGGUGCGUUCAUCCCUGCAGAGAAUUUUGGAAGUGAGUUCUUCAUGGGACGCAUGUUAAAAAAACUCCCUGAAUCCCGGAUCUGCUAUCUUCAAGGUAUGUGGAGCAGUAUAUUUUCUGUGAACCUAUUACAAAUCUGGGGACUGUCCCACAGUUCAGAAGACUUCUGGAAGAGAUGGACCCAGGACAGAAUAGACGAAGUCGAUGAAGACCCAGUAUUGCCUACGAGGCCCCAUGAACUAAGGACUCGCAUGUACACUCCUCCUGGGCCCCUGUCCAGUGCUCUUCGGGGUGCUUUAACCGACCGCUUCUCAGUUGCCCAGCAUCACAAUUUCCUGAGGGGCUAUCAGCUGCAUAACAACUAUCUUGAGAAUGAGCACUUCUGCCGAUGGAAAGACACUGUGUUAGACUCACGUCCCAACCAGCUGAUGCAAAAUCCCAAUCACCUGGGUAUGAUAGACGCUGGAUUUUUCAUCAACACCAGCAGUCCACCACUUUUAAGGCCACAGAGGGAAGUGGAUGUCAUCAUAUAUUUAAGUUAUACUACUGGAUCACAUACAUCGUCUCUAGAUAAGGCAUGCAAAUACUACUCGGAGCAGAAAAUCCCAUUCCCCAAAAUUUCUUUGAGUGAUGAAGAUAAGAAAAAUCUAAAGGAGUGCUACAUUUUCCAAGAUUCAGAUUCGCCAGGAUGUCCCAUUGUGAUUUUUCUUCCACUUGUGAAUGAUACUUUCCGAGAGUACAAAGCACCUGGUGUCAAGCGCUGUUGCUCAGAGAUGGAGGGAGGACAACUCGAUCUGACCAGUCGCUGUUCCCCCUACUGCAUGUUCUCGGUCAGAUAUACUGAUGAGAAUUACCGCCGGCUGCUGAACCUCAGUGAAUACAAUAUCCUGAAUAACUCACAGAUGAUUAUGCAGGCCUUGCAAACAGCAAUGCAAAGAAGGCAACACAUGUGCUAA